AUGGCUAUAUUUAGAUCAAAAUCAUCAGCUAAUAAAAAACCUCGAUCAGCUAAUGAUAUAGAUAUAAAGAUUUCAUCACAUGAUGCCGAACAUUAUAAAAUGCAUACGGCUAAUGUUCAUGAUCCAAUUUUAUCUGCGGUUCAAGAAGCUCAACCAUUUGAACAAGCAGUUAAACGUGUUGAUGAUGAUGACCCUUCAGGGAGAAGACCAUCAUAUUUAUCGCAAAAUUCUCAUGAUUUAAAAGAUAUUUUUGGUCAACCUAUUAAUCAAACAGAUAUGUCAAAUCCUACUCGAUCAAGAAAUGAACGUCCUUUAGAUACUAUUAGAGGAUUUGAAUAUGCUAUUACUGGUGAUGUAAGUUUCCGAGAUCAAUUGGAAACUAAUCGAUUAGGUUGGGGUUUUCAUGAAGAUUUUCCUUAUUAUAAUUUGAAUGGACAAAAUAACAACAACAACAAUGCCCAAGAAGGUGUUGGAAACUCUUUUAGUAGACCAGUGAUUAAUUUUGAUGAACAACCUGUAUAUCAAGCAGGUAAUUAUAGUGCUAGUAGUUUACAAGCUGAUCAAAAUAAUACUAAAAAGAAAAAGAGAGGUUUAUUUGGUAGAAAGAAAUAA